GAGCAGCUUCCGUCCGAUAUUCGAACACCGAAAACACUCCUCCAGACCAUGAACUACCUGAUCCGGCACGUCAUUAACGGCCCCGAACCGCUUGGUCUCAUCCACAAGUUUGUGUGGGAUCGAACUCGUUCGAUCCGUAACGACUUCUCUGUGCAGCAAGUGACGCAGGAGGAUCAUGUGAAAAUCGCCGUAACGUGCCUUGAGCGAAUUGCUCGAUUUCACAUCGUUUCACUGCAUUUACUCUCUAGCCCGGCGAAUGAGGAGCCCUUUGAUCGACACCAAGAGCGAGAACAGCUGAACAACACCAUGCUGUCGCUGAUGUACUACUACGACGAUAACAGAGGCCGCAUCUCCUUCCCGAACGAAGACGAACUCCGCGCGUACUACAUCAUCUUUUCGAUCCACGACCAACGACCUGAUCUAGAAGCCCGUGUCCAAAAAUGGCCUGCCGAACUACGAAACUCGCCUCGAGUCCAGAUCGCAUUGGAAUUGUUCGCUGCGGCUAGUAACACGUGGGAAUACCAGGGUACGCUCGAUGCGAAACGACCAAACGCGAUCGCGCAAGGGUUCUACACGCGGUUCUUCAGGAUGAUCGAUUCCCCCGGGGUCUCGUAUCUCAUGGCCUGUGUUGCUGAGAUCUACUUCAAUCAUAUGCGCCAGACCGCCAUCCGUUCCAUCUGGAAGGGAUACUGCCGCUAUCCUUCCUCGCAACAGCACAAGAAUGAGGAGUGGACGGUCGACGAGUUGACCCAAGUUCUUUGCUUCGAUAAUUACGAACAGACCAUGAAGUUCUGCGAAGAACAGGACCUGGCGUUUGCAGAAAAUGCGAAUGGCGACCUUUAUCUCAACUGGGGCAGCCGUCCCGUCGACUCAGUUGCCUUCCAGCCAUCAUCGGAUCACUCAUUUUCGGAAAACCACGUCGAAUCGAAGCGCGCUGGCAGAACGUUGGCCGCAGUCAUCCUCGGGCUUAAUAUCAAAGAAGCUGCAAACCUGGGCAUGGUCGACAGCUCCCUUCUGCCCGAGCGCCUUCCUGCACUGCCUGCUCCAGGUCUGGGAUCUUUCUCAAACGAUGACUCUCUUUUUGUCACCGAUGACGAUAACGUCGCUUCCAACGUUCAAAUGACCGAAACGCCUUUGCAGGAGGAAAGCCCACCCAACCCUUCGACUAGCCUUCCCAACCCUUUCGCGCAGUUCUCUCAGCCUGCUACGGCCACUUCGAACCCACCACCCACGUUCUUUUCUCAACCUGCAGCUCCUGCGCAGCCGCCAGCAGCGGCGAGCAAUCCUUUCGCGUCUGUUUUCUCGUCGAAUAGCUCGGCUGGCAGUCCAACAGCUUCUAUGACGACGAGCAGUCCUUUCCCGUCCAUUUUCUCGUCGAAUGGUCCAGCUAGCACCCCGGCAACCCCUGCAACGGCGUCUGCUUCUUCCCACCCGCCUGCAGCGGCGAGCAACCCCUUCUCGUCUAUCUUCACGUCGAAUGGCCAAACAAGCACUCCUGCAGCUCCUGCAACCACUCCUGCUUCUUCACAGCCGCCUGCAACGAGCAGUCCAUUCCCGUCUAUUUUCUCGUCGAGUGGCUCGGCUAGCACUCCGGCAGCCCCUGCCACGACGAGCAGUCCUUUCUCAUCUUCCUUCCCGUCGAAAGCCCCAGCUAGCACUCCAACAGCCCCUGUUACUGCGCCUGCAAACCCCUUCGCAAAUGUUACACCCCCCUUCGGCUUGUCAAAGAGCCCCGAAGGACAAGAAAGCAGCACCCCUCCCCCUCCCGCUUCCGUUCCAGCUACGCAACAACCCCCUUCUAUCUUCGCCCCUCCGCCGAACCAUACGCCCUCUAAACCUGGAGGAAAAGCCCCUCUUUUCACACCUGCGCCUUUCAGGCUUCCAGCAAGCCCCCCAUCUCCGGCCACUGCCGCCUUCUACUCUUUCGAUUCAGAGCCCGAGCAAAUCAAGGCGUUGACUGCUAGCGAGUCAGAACCUAGCAUUUUAGAUAAUGGCAAACUGCCGUUUUUGCCCGAAACCUCAAACUCUAUGUUUGGCUUUUCUCAGCAGAGCACUGCCUCUGGAAACGCAGCUUCAUUGCAACCGGCAUCGUUCUUUUCGCCGGAACCCACUCCGAAGGAAAAUGAAAAAGUCCCUAUAUUCUCCAGUCUUUCGCCCUUUGGACAGUCUGGCAACUUAUCCCAAGGUCAAGACGGCGUUACAAAAUCCGAAGACCCAUCAACACGUGUAGAAAAGAAAGCCCCGCCUACCGAAAAGGUUCCUCUCAAAUCGUGCCUCAAAAAGACAAGCGCUUUUGAGCGACCGCACAUCCCUCUCCAAGAUGCAGUUUUAAAUGAGCCUUUGGAUGAUACCGAGACGCCGCUUCAACUGAGUGACUUUGAAACGGAGGCUCCGUCUGUUGAUGAAAAGCCAACUUCUACAUCCGAUGCAGAUUCACGGCGCACUGCGUGGCUGUCUACUCUGAGAGACGCGGCCAUCAAGCGGCGAGAGAACACACUCGCCAGUCGGAAACGGGGUUUGGAGGAGCCAGAACCCGUCCCCACUGAAGGCGCCCCCAAAGCAGCUAAAGUGCCCAAGCCGGCGGCCACACCAUAUAAGAAAUCUCUGGCGCAGGCUUCCACAAAACCUCUGCCAAAGCUUCCUAUUCUAGAACAGAUCGAAUCGAUGACGGCCAGGAAGCCCGUGGAACCAAAAUCCGAGGCGUCAAAGUCGGUUCAAGUUGAUGAAGACGAGCUUCUUUUAUCCGCUGCUCGAAUUGCCGCCGAGUCGCUCCGCAGCGGACCCAGACUCCUCGAUAGCUGGCCCACACCGUACGAGCCUCAGAGCUCCUCCUUCAGCCCCGGAGGCAGUGCAUCAUCUCAUUUUUCAUUUUCCCGCAGCCAGUCGCCUUACUCGUCCUACGUGAAUGGCUAUGAAGUCUCUCUUGCCCCGGAUUCAGAUCUUGGGCUCGGUCGUACCUUGUCCCGAACCGAGCAACGCAUCCGGAUGACAGGAGCCAAGGGGCUAGCCUACAAACCCCUGGAUUUUACUUCCGACAAGAAACGCAAGUCACGCUGAACAACUGGUCGGGAGAGCUCGCAUUUUAGAUCUACAUGUACACACACCUGUGUACUUCGGCGAUUUUGUUUUAUAAGGUUAUGGUCCCCACUUGGUACUCGGUUACAUCACUGCAUCCAGCAAGGGCGUUUGAGACUCGAGAUUAUUUGCCUUGAUGAUUAUUUUUUUUUAUUUCUGACGAGCUUGGUAUGCGAUUGUGGUAGUUGUCCUUUGGGUGUGGGGCGCCUUUUUCGAGCAUACAAAUCAUAUAGGUACAUACAUCCCAAAUUUCGGAUGAAGUUUGUGUGGUA